AUGAACAAAACAAAAAUGAAGAAUGGGCCAUGGGUUUUUUACGAAGAUGUUUUGGUCACAGAAGAUAUCAAUGAAUGUGCAGAUAGUCCAUGUGGUUACAAUGCAAACUGCACAAACACGAAUGGUUCAUACAUUUGUGAAUGUCGAACUGGAUAUGAAGGAAAUGGAAUUAAUUGCACAGAUGUCGACGAAUGUGAAAAAAAAACGCACAAAUGUGACAACAAUGCAAAAUGCACCAACACUCCAGGUUCAUUCAGCUGCCAGUGUCAACAUGGUUACACAGGAGAAGGACGGAAAUGCGAAGAUGUCGACGAAUGUGAAAAAGGAACGCACAAAUGUGACAACAAUGCAAAUUGCACCAACACUCCAGGUUCAUUCAGCUGCCAGUGUCAACAUGGUUACACAGGUGAAGGACGGAAAUGCGAAGAUGUCGACGAAUGUGAAAAAGGAACGCACAAAUGUGACAAAAAUGCAAAAUGCACCAACACUCCAGGUUCAUUCAACUGCCAGUGUCAACGUGGUUACACAGGAGAAGGACGGAAAUGCGAAGCUGAAUGCCCUCUUGGGUGGGAGAAAUUCGAUGGACUCUGCUUUUAUAUCAGCAAUGGCGUUGCGACAUCAUGGAAUAAUGCGAAAGACGACUGUCUUCAGCGUGGGGGUCAUUUGGCAGUUCCAACCAACACGAAUAUGAAUAAUUAUCUAAAUCAGGCUAUGAAACAACAUAACGUCAACGCAGCGUGGAUUGGUAUGUACCGAAAAUCCGGAAGCAUCUUUUACACAGUGAGAGAUGAGGAGAUCUCCUAUGGAAACUGGAACCCAGGGGAGCCUAACAACGCUGGCGGGAAUGAAAACUGCGUGGAAAUGUUCAACGGAGCAACAGGGAAAUGGAAUGAUUUGCCAUGUUCGAUCAGUCGUCAUUACUUCUGUCAGCGGCAACUGUGAAUAUUCGACAACAGCUGCAAUUGAAAAUAAGAAGAAAAUACGGCGACGGACUUUACAUUUAAAUAUUUAAUCUGAAAAGAAUCGUUUUAAUUUUUUUCAAGUAGUCAAUCGUUUGCCGAGUUUCACUCUUUAAUCGAAAAUCAAUAUGAACGACAUCUGAGAGCAUUAAUGAUUUAAAU